CUUAGUUUUUGUGUGAUGGAGAAAGCACCCACCCAAGAAGAAAAUAACAUUUACUCUUUCUCUUCCCUCUUCCUUUUGCUGGUCUCUGUGUGUGAAACAUUGAAAAAUCUUUUGCUUAUCAACAACAGUGUGAGUGUGUGGUGCUUGAUAUUCACAAAGGAUUUGUUGUUAUUUGUGGUUAAGGUCUCUCCACAUCUUCUUGCUAUGGACUGUAACUUGAGAUCUCCGUUGGUGUGGGACUGGGAGAAUCUGAUCAUCUCCAAUCCUUCAAAGACUGAACAUGACAAAAAGCAGCUUACUAAUACUACUGCUAGUGAGUGGGAAAUUGAAUCUUUAUUUCCCUGUUUCGAUGGCCUCCAGAGAGUUAGUAAUGACUCUACCACCACCACCAGUUUCUGGCACAACACUGCUGUAUCAAAAAGCUCAGAGUCGAUCUCUGCCAACUCAGCAUCUUCAUCUCCCAUUACCAGACAAACCAAGCCUGCAUCAGAAAGUUCCCCUUGCAGCAACAUAGAUUUUGUCCAGGUGAAGACAUCCUCCGCUGCUCUCGAGGUACCUGCUGAAUCAUCAGACCUUUGUUUAAAACUUGGAAAGCCGACAUACUCUGGUAGAGACAGUAAUGACGUUUCUACCAAGCUGUUGGCUCCUUGUCGAAAGAAAUCAAAAUCGUGUGGUCAGAGCAGCAGCAUGCAAGUCCCUCGUUGCCAAGUUGAUGGAUGUGAACUUGAUCUCUCAUCUGCUAAGGAUUAUCAUCGCAAGCAUAGAGUCUGCGAAACCCAUUCAAAGUGCCCCAAAGUUACUGUGAGUGGCGUGGAACGUCGGUUCUGCCAACAGUGUAGCAGGUUACAUGCCGUCUCUGAGUUUGAUGGGAAGAAACGAAGCUGCCGCAAACGUCUUUCUCAUCAUAAUGCUAGGCGUCGCAAGUCACAAGGAGUUUUUCCAUUGAAUCCAGAGAGGGUCGUGUAUGAUCAAAAGUUUGCAUGGGGUACCACUUAUGAUACAAAGCCUACACAGAUGGAAACUGGCUUUACCCUGAGCUUCCAGAGAGGCAAUGGCUCUGAGGAGGAGCAGUUGUUUGCUAGUACCAAUCACCCUUUAUCUGCGUAUCAAACCUCAGCAGGGAAGAACAAGUUUCAUCUUGAUGUGGGAGAAUACUCAGGAGUGCUCCAUCAAUCUCACCGUGCUUUCUCUCUUCUGUCAACUUCUUCUGCUCCCCUGGUUCACCCACAUGCACAGCCACUCUCUUUACUUUUUUCAUUUGAUGGUUUACCAAAAUAGGUGAGUAAGUAAUGUGAUAUCUGUAAAAUCAGUUAGCUUCAGUUAGUGGAUACUAAUCCAAACCUAUCAGCACAGCUGCCUCCUCCAUUUGUAUGCCGACUUUGGCUGCUUUGUUAUCUUUAUCCUUGUUUUGUUACUGACUAGUAAACAAUGUUAAUUGUUAACAAAAACAGUAAACAGUGAAUAUAGAUUGUGUAUGAUAUAAUGCCACUGGACUCUGCAAGGUUCUGUC